UCUUCUCCCAGCAGCGGCUCCGCUCGUUUCUAUUCCCGGAGAGACCGCCUCCAUUUUAGCACCGACACCCGGCUCGCAGCAGACUGCGCGGCCGGCGGAGGGACACUCUCCUGCGGCUGAGCUGCUCACAGAUCCUCGGCCUUUUCUUUUGAUCGCGGGAUGGCGGCGCUGCGGCAGGACGCGGCCGGGGCGGCGCUGGAUUUGUGAGGAUUUAACGGCUCGUUUUCUGCGGUGAUAUAGUCUCUUUUGACGGAGCAGAGGAGGAGGAGGAGGAGGAGGAGGGGGGGGGGUCUGCUUCGGAUGGUCAGGUUCUCUUUCAGGAUGUGGCGGUGAGCAUGCUCAUGCUCAUGCAUGCUGCCUGAUCCUCACCAUGGCGAUAUAUGGCGGACAGGCGUGCAGCGGGCAGGACAACUGCUCCGCCCACAGCGACUCUAAAGACUACUGCUACUCGGCCCGGAUCCGCAGCACGGUGCUGCAGGGGCUGCCGUUUGGAGGAGUGCCCACCGUGCUCGCCCUCGACUUCAUGUGCUUCCUGGUGCUUCUCUUCGUCUUCUCCAUCCUGAGGAAGGUGGCAUGGGACUACGGACGCCUGGCACUGGUCACUGAUGCCGACAGCGUUGCCUCUGCGAUGCACUCGGAGACGCCAGACCGCUACGAACGUCUGACCUCCGUGUCGAGCUCGGUCGACUUCGAACAGAGAGACAACGGUUUCUGCUCGUGGUUGACGGCGAUCUUCAGAAUAAAGGAUGAAGAGAUCAGGGAGAAGUGUGGUGAGGACGCCGUUCACUAUCUAUCCUUCCAGCGUCACAUCAUCGGCUUGCUGGUCGUCGUUGGUGUCCUCUCAGUCGGUAUCGUCCUGCCAGUCAACUUCUCCGGAGACCUGCUGGAAAACAACGCCUACAGCUUCGGACGCACCACGAUAGCCAACCUGAAGUCUGGGACGAACCUGCUGUGGCUGCACACGGUGUUCGCCUUCAUGUAUCUGCUCCUGACCGUCUACAGCAUGAGGAGACACACGUCUAAGAUGCACUACAAGGAGGACGACCUGGUGAAGCGCACUUUGUUCAUUAACGGCAUCUCUAAGUACGCCGAGGAGACUCAGAUCAAACAGCACUUUGAACAGGCGUAUGAGAACUGCACGGUGUUGGAGGCUCGGAUCUGCUACAACGUGGCCAAACUGAUGGCUCUGAACGGCGAGAGGAAGAAGACGGAGCGCAGCAAGAAGUUUUUCACAGACCUGAUGGCGAAGGAACACGUUCCCACAAUGAUCAACCCCAAACCCUGCGGACACCUCUGCUGCUGCGCCAUCACCGGCUGUGAGGAGGAGGAGGCGGUCAGCUACUACACCAAGAGGGAGUCCAAACUGAAGGAGGAGUACAGGAAGGAGAAGGAGAAGGUCCACACCAAACCGCUCGGCAUGGCCUUCGUCACCUUCCAGAACGAGGCUAUGACCGCCAUUAUUUUGAAGGACUUCAACGCGUGUCAGGUUCAGGGCUGUCGGUGUCGGAUGGAGCCACGAUCCUCUCAGUUCAGCGAGUCUCUUCAUGUUCACAAGUGGAGCGUUUCGUACGCGCCCGACCCGCAGAACGUACGCUGGGAGCACCUGUCUCUGGGCGGGAUCUCCUGGUGGAUCCGCUGUUUCAUCAUUAACUGCAUCCUGUUCCUGCUGCUCUUCUUCCUCACCACGCCCGCCAUCAUCAUCUCCACCAUGGAUAAGUUCAACGUCACCAAACCCGUCGAGUAUCUCAACAAUCCGAUCGUCACUCAGUUCUUCCCCACUCUGCUGCUCUGGGCUUUCUCCUCUCUGCUCCCGACCAUCGUUUAUUACUCCGCCUUCUUCGAGGCUCAUUGGACCAGGUCAGGAGAGAACAGGACGACCAUGCAUAAAUGUUACACCUUCCUGAUCUUCAUGGUUCUGCUGCUGCCGUCUCUCGGGCUCAGCAGCCUGGAUGUUUUCUUCCGUUGGCUCUUUGAUAAGAAGUUCUUGGAUGAUGCUACAGUCCGGUUUGAGUGUGUCUUCCUGCCAGAUAACGGAGCGUUCUUCGUGAACUACGUCAUCGCCUCGGCUUUCAUCGGGAACGCCAUGGACCUGCUGAGGAUCCCCGGUCUGCUCAUGUACAUGAUCCGCCUGUGCCUGGCUCGCUCUGCCGCUGACCGCCGCAACGUCAAGAGGCAUCAGGCCUACGAGUUUCAGUUCGGAGCGGCGUACGCCUGGAUGAUGAACGUGUUCACCGUGGUCAUGGCGUACAGCAUCACCUGCCCCAUCAUCGUCCCCUUCGGUCUGAUGUACAUGCUGCUCAAACACCUGGUGGACAGGUACAACAUGUACUACGCCUACCUGCCCUCCAAACUGGACAAGAAGAUCCACUCGGGAGCCGUCACUCAGGUGGUGGCUGCACCCAUCCUAUGCCUCUUCUGGCUGCUCUUCUUCUCCACUGUGCGGACAGGUUUCGAGACGCCGACGUCCAUGUUCACGCUGGUGGUUCUGAUCGUCACCAUCGUGGUGUGUCUGUCUCACGUCUGCUUUGGACACUUUAAGUACCUCAGCGCUCACAACUACAAGAUCGACACCAAGGAGGCCGAUGUUGACACCGUGGAGAACGGACGUCCAGUUCGACCCUCAUCCUCGCCAACCACCAAAUCUCAGCUGCAGCAGCAGCAGCAGAUGUACAUCGCUCAGGUGCUGCAGGACCCAAACUCAGACGAGCCGGGGGGCGGGACCGGCGAGGAGGACCGAGGCUCGUCACAGGACGAGGAGUUGCUGAACGGGGGGAACAGCAUCAACGAGGCGGAUUUUCAGUCAGGGGAGGACAGUCUGAUAGCCAACGAGGUCCACCAGUAGCAGGGGGUGGAGCUAGAGGGAGAGGGAGGAGCUUAAGGGUCUACGCUCACGCUACAGUAAAAAAGAAGCUGACUGGAGAAUCACUACACAUACAAACACACAUAGAGAUAGUCUGACACUGUUAGCUCCUCCCCCUCCCAGCUCGAUGACUUGACCCUGACCUCCGACGCCGGCGCCGGGUCGCCAACUUCCCGCCCUGCUCGCCUGUGGAGACUUGACGGACAACAGACUGUCUCCACAGGAAAUCACUGUACAUAACUACAAAGCCAAAAGUUUCUCUUUUGUUUUUUUCUCGGGGUGGGGGGCGGGGUUUAAAAAUUCGUGCCUGGGUUGGAUUUCAUUUGUUCGCACUCGUGUCUUGACUCCUGAUUGGUCGCAGGAACUCGACCUGUUCAGGGGUCAAUGCUGACCCUUUUUUUUUUUUUCUGUGGUAUGGUGGACGACAUCAUCAUCAUCCUCCGACAUCAGAGUGCUGAAUAUCUCGCCAACCGCCAGCUCUCGUAGUGGUAGACGCUCAGCUUACGCAGACGAGGCGCAGACUCACUUCCUGUUUGCCCGUUUCACGUUCCUCCGAGUCGUGGACGUUCUCCGUUUGCUCACCUGGACGUUUCACUUACUUUGACCUGCUGAGCUUUCGCUGCAUGUUGUUCCAAGUUUUGUCUGGAUGGAUGACAUCACUUCCUGUGGACAAUGUCAUAUGUGGCUGUGGUCGCCGAUGACAUCACCCAGCACAUCUCAGCUUCUCCUUGGUCCCCGAGCUGUCCAAUCACUGGAUCCCACACGACUCCUCCCCUGGUUUGAUUUCACCUGAAUGACCUUAAACCAUGACCACCUGACGACGGGGGCGGGACGUUUGUGUCUGUUGACCGGACUCUUUUGGUUGGUCGCUGAGUAGACGUGUGUGUGUGUGUGUGUGUGUGUGUGUGUGUGUGUGUGUGUGUGUGUGUGUGUGUGUGUGUGUGUGUGUGUGU